AUGUGGGCACCUCGCCGUGUUAGAAGGAACAUCGAAUCACAGUACUGUGAGCCAUGCAAUGGUGGAUAUUACGGUAGAAAGAAACGAGAAGCCGAGAGAGACCAGUGCCUACGACGUGAUAAACGCGCCACAGAUCCAGAAUGUGAAACAGACGAGUUUCUUGUAACCAGAAUGAAGCGUCAGGCUUACAAUCCCUCGGGAAUCCUCGACAUUGUCAAGCUUCUUAGUAAAGCUAUGACUGCGGGAGAAGGUAGUCCUGGUGGUUGCAUGAAGUUCCCUGCAUGUGUACUGGCACAGAAGAAGCGACGAAAGCGACAUGCCGAGAGAAUGGAACAGUACCACAAGGAAGUUGCAGCUCACAAGCAGGCACUAAAAGAUCACGAAGAGCAGCACAUUCGCCAAAAGCGCCAGUUCUUCGCCCGAGACGACGCCGCGGGUUGUGUUCCUUGUCCCGCGUGGGUUACUUUGGCACUGGCGAGUCGUAAGAAGAGAUCCACAAAUUCGUCUGAAGAAUCCGAAGUGGAGCACGCACCCAGAAUGACACUUUCGGAAGCGAUUGCUGACAUCAGGCGCAAGGCUGGUUAUAAACUGGGCUUCGAUGAUAACGACAAAUCUCCACGUCGUAAGCAGGGUCAGUGUGAUCAAACGGAUGACUGCUUGAAUGAGGUCGAAUACGCCAUUUUCAAGAAAGUCUACCACAACACUAGGGUCAAAAGAGAGACGUGGAAACGCAGAAAAUGUGAGCACUGUGGCAGCGGAUUUGAUGGCAAAAGAGUGAAAAGGGACUUUGGAUCACCUCUUAUCGUCGAAGGAAAACGAGUAAAAAGGAACUUCGGAACGCCUACUAUAAGCGCUUCAGACGUACGUUCAGAUCUGUUGGUUUCACAUUUCGAACAACUUCUGUCUGGUCCGUAUUCAUAUAAGAAAAAGGAUAACGACAAAUCUCCACGUCGUAAGCAGGGUCAGUGUGAUCAAACGGAUGACUGCUUGAACGAGGUCGAAUACGCCAUUUUCAAGAAAGUCUACCACAACACUAGGGUCAAAAGAGAGAUGCUACGUCAAGGUUGA